AUCGUUUUUUCGCUUUAAUAAAUCCCUCCUCCCCCUCUCUGUGCACUUUUUACUUCUACGAUUUCAUUCCCAUGGCUUUCGAACGGGUCGACUACGGGGUUACUACACCGAAACCGCCGCAAAGAGUCAUAUCCAUCGAGUCGCAUUGCAGAGUCGUCGUAAGAAAGGAGCUGCCUCCCUAAUCAAAAUUCCUUUCCGUAACGCGAUAAGAUACGUCGCGCCGCGCCGUUUGGUAAACGCGUCCUGUCCUCAGAAAUGGAACGCCACCGGUUCCUUGCUUCGUCGUCUCGCUUUAUCGGAAGUUUCGAAAAGAGUUUCCUACUUGGUAGCUCCAUUUUUUUGUUUGCAGAAGCUUUAUGUAACCGUAUGUUCGAGGCUUUGUGGCUCAUCCAGUAAUUCUUUUUUUUGCUUCCACGUGUAUACACGAGAUAAUCUACUAAUGAUUGUGAUAAUGGUGCAGAAGCGUCACUAACGGAUUUGCUCUCGGUGAAAGGACAAGCUAAAUAAAGCGAAAGAAGGGGAAACAGUCUGCUUGCUUAAUUGAACGGAAUGGUCUUAACGUAACUCCCCUUGUUCGAGCGAAAAUUGUGAAGAACGGUAUUAUGGUCUCCCAAAUUUCGCGUUGAUAACAAAACGACCUUUAAAUCGAUCGAAUAACGUCGAUGGUUGCUUGGGCUGUACAGAUAGUUUCGUUUCCCUUCUACGACGCCUGUAGGGCUUCUCUGGCACACGAAAAGGCCGGGAGCGGGACAACGCUUCACCACGACGAAAUACAAUCCUAAAGAGAGAAGAGCUUCUUUCCUGUACUUCCACCCGGAAGUCACACGCGCACCGCACCGGCAACAAGAUACCACCGAUCCAUAGCGUGUUGAACUUAUACUCGCUUUUUACUUGUCUCUGGUAGAAUCGAAACGAAUUUUAUACUCCCUCGUAGCACAUAACUCAUAGACGUAUUCUUGGUAAGCACGCUCGCCUGAAAAUGUCUCUUUGUAAAACGCUAAGAAACGUAACUGGAAUAAAAAAUCUACGCUUUUCGGUGUAAAAGGCGCAUUAAUCCGCAAGUGGAAAAAAAAAAGAUAUAGACAGGAUUGUACGUGUGGUGGUAAAGCACGAGGUAUAACGUUACAGGCCAACGUGCAGAGUUACACGGGCCACGCAACCUAUACAGAUCGCGCUGUUCGUGUAAUACGAAACUGCAAGUAGUUUCUCCGCGAGUUCGUGACGAUUAAUCGCCGUCACGCACACCACACCUAUCUAUCGAUGAUUAACGAGCGGACAAUUAGUCGAUCCUAUACGCUUGUUUAUGGCCCGAAAAUUAGUUGUACGCGUCUUAUCGAUGCGAUCGUUCGCGUUGCGUCGCAUCGGUGAUUCGGUAAUUACGAGCCUCAUGGAAUUCCGCACACACACACACACACACACAUACACACCCGCCCCCUUUUCCACCCCUGUCCCUCUCGUCCACCCUCUCUCUCUCGUUGCAGACCUCUCGAAACGAAGAAUCGAUCCGCCGUUCGCGUCUCUCGGUUCGCUCCCCCUGAAAAAAGGAGGCAGAAGAAUCGAAGAAAAAAAAAAAAAGAAAAAUGAAAGAGAAAGAGAGGAGCGGACGGAGUAGGAGGAAGAGCCGUAGUCGUAGGAGGGACGGGUGUCGGCCGUGGAGUUCGGGGGCUCGAGACUCGGGACAGAGCUAGAGAGAGAGAUAGUGUGAGAGAAUGAGAUCGAAGGGGGAAGGGUAUGGAGUAGAUCGCGAGUGAGCAAGAAGGUGAUACGUAGUAUGUACUCCUUCGAGCCAGCGCAAGAUGGAUUUCCGCGAACUUCGAGCGGGCCUUAACUCGCGAAAAAUGUCAAAGUGAGUAGAAGAAUAGGUGGUGGGCAGGGGCAGCAGGGGAGAGAGAAGAGUAGGAUAGGAAGAGAGUGAAAAGGGUGACUGGUAGGUGAGGUAAAGGGGCGUAAAACGAAGCGUCGUCGUCGUCGUCGUCGUUGCUCGCCGUCGCCGCCGCUACCACCGUCACAUCUACGGUGCGUCCGUUGUCCGCCGUUCGCCGUUCCCCUAUAUACGUGUAUCCGCGUGCUUAAGAUCCAAAAGCGCGGCUGUCGAGGAGACGAAGGAGUGGGGAUAGUCUCGUGGGGAAAAAGGCCGCGCAGAAGGAGAAAGAGGGAAUUGCAUGACGGAGGGACAGAGUCGAUGGAGGGGAUGAUUGUCAAAACAGGGCUGCAAGACGCUACGAAAAAUGUUCGUAUUUAUGGCACUAUUUCCGCCGCUUCGAACCCCCAACCUCCGGCCUGCAUCACCCACCCCCUCCCACCUUGUGCCUCGCCUUGUCUGGCCUCCUCGCGAAAUCCUCUCUUCCCCCGUUUCUUUUUUACUUCCUCCUGCCGUCGUUUUCCAGAGUGCGCGGCGCGGCACGGCGGCCGUUCUUACUUUUCUUGCUUUUCUCUUCUCCUCUCUCUUCGCAGAGUAACCCCACCAUGCGUCUUCCCGUGCCUCACUUCCCCUUCCCCCUUCCCGUUUCUUUCUAUGUCGUUUACUCUACCCUACCUUCAGUCCCGAUCCCUACCCCAAACAACCUCUCCCCACUAUCGAGAGUAACCGACUCGCCGGCGGGAGUUUCCCCCACUUUUGCGGCGCCACUUUAAUGUUACAUUAAUAAAAAGCAACAAUCAAUAUCUUCCCCGUAAAAAAUUUUAAUCUAUAACAGAGAGAAUUCCGGCCCCUCCCGCAUCUCCUACCACCGACCGACCUCUCGCGUUCUUCCUCGCGUGCGCUCUCUUUCACUCCAUCCUCUUUCCUCUUUCUCUAUUCCUCUCUUCGAUUCUCUCUCACUCUCUUCUGCCUCCCGCCCUCUUGAGAAAAGCGCUGCUACGAACCGUGCCGAGUUCACAGUAUCGUAUCCAGACUGUACGGGUACCCUGUUGUCAGAGUCAACGACGCGCGAAGUGCGUGUUGUCAUUUCACUUUUCACACCGGCGAGUGAAGGACCGCGAGCGGACCGCCCUUCGUCGUGUUGUUACACGUGCCCUUUUCUCGCGCCCUUCCGAGCGCUCCACGCUCACCCUUCGCGCGCCACCCGCCGCUUUCCAUUCUGCGUUUCUUUUUUCGUCGCUCGGAAGUUAGACUCAUCUUCGUUUUUUAUUUCCCUCUGUGUCUCACUCUCUCUCUCUCUCUCUCUCUCUCUCUCUCUCUCAAUCCUUUACUAUUUUCCUCGGACUCCCCUCCCUUCCUCUCCAUCCCUUUCCCUUUCCCUUUCUUUCUCUCUUUCGCUCUGUGCAUCGUUCCGACUCGUUCACUCGCACACGCCAGUGACAUACACGCGUUAUAUUCGUUCGGGGGGAAACGUGGUGCGUGCGCGUAUUAUACACACAACAUACGGAAGUCGAAAAUGUGACGAGGUGGGGUAGAGAUGUGCGUGUACGGUCGCGAAUCCGCGUACGUGUUUUAGGAAAAACGUGCUUGCAGCCUCUCCUUUCAGAGAUCUCACGUAUUCGGGCGCGACCACGUCGGAAGGGGAAAAAAAUACGCAACAUAGACGAUGGAAUGAAUAGAGAGCAUUGUUGGUAUCGUUUCUCGUGUAUUGAACUCUCUGCAUCGGAGUUCGCAUCGAUGUCGCAAUAAAAUUUACGUCGGCCGGGAGAGUUAAACGUGACAUCUGUGUGUCGCGUCGGUGUUAAGUACGCGAACCGUUGAGCGUAAACGAUUCCGAUCGAAUCUACUUAAAUUUCAACGAGCCGAGUGAGAAUCGCGCUCCGGCAGUCGCGCAACGAACGCUGACCUUUCUUAUCGCUCGUUCGACGAAUUGCUUUUCCGCAAAAGUUCACUCGAAUAUUUAUCUCCGUGCGAUUGGCCGAGAUCGAAAGGAAUACAAGCUACAAGCUCUGCGAUUCUUCCCGUACGUUCGAAUGGAAAUCGAAAUAGCGCCGUUCGGUUUCUCGCCACUCCGAUUUUACAUUCGUGUAUAGUAUAUAACCAUAACCGAGGGCACGAGCUCUCUCGACCUCCGUUUCUUCUUCCCGGACAAAAGGGUACAGAAGUAGCGGUGCGAGCAGGAGAGAAGACGCACCGAGCGAAAAAGGCGAAGGAAAGACAGAGAGGAAGAAAGAGGGAGAACGAGACGGAUAACGCGAAAGAGUCAGGAGUGGGAAAGGGAGGGAGAAACAGCGGUCUCGCGCAUCUCUGCGCGCGACGAAGGCAACUGAGCUUCUUCGGACCUCAAGAGACUAUAGUCGACUAUUUUAACUUGAACACUAUGUUUUGCAGCGUAUCUUGCCGCUGACUCGGCGGAAAUCGUAUAUUGUUAUCUCUGUUUUUUCUGUACGCGCCUGCUCUCUGCUGGUGACUUUCAUUGAUACCGUUGGAAACAUUUUUUUUCAAACCCGCGUCCCCUCGCGUUUGUGCUGGUUAAUUUUCGCCGUUCGAUCGGCGAUCGCAUUCGGACCCGCGCUCACAGAUUCACGAGUAGCAACCAUUCAAACGCCAACAUUUUUUGCGCGCGUGCUUUCGUAGAAAGUUUCGAAGAGUUGUGCCAAGUGUGUCGAGACCGUCUGUAGUUCGAAUCAAAUUUGUGCCGCGUGAUACAAGCAACAACUACAGAGUGAUUCACUUCCGGACUCGAGGACUACGAGUCAUCGAUCAUUCUCACAGCUAGGAAGUAUCGUACAGCUUUGACAGGCGACUUCGACGGAACAACAGAAAACACGUGAGACCGAGGAUCGUCAGGGGCAGCCGUGAUCGAGGUACACGUUCGAACGGACUCGCGUGUAAAUGCUUCGAAGGCCAUCGUGUUGCAGGCAUUCAUCCGGUUGACAGAGGUCCGGGUUGCUUCGACUUGGAGAACAAGCCUGUCGACUGACUGCGCAUCGACCGAUACCUUCUAACGAAGAAGGAAGGCGGUGGGAUUACGGUGAACCGCAAGAACGGUUCUUUGGCUUGGACAAGCUACUGGCGGUGCCAGAUCCGCGCAUGCUUCAGCAACGAGGCAGUUCAGCAACGACACCACCCGCGACGUCAUCCUCCAACAUGUUCCCCCAACAAUAUUGCCUACGAUGGAAAUACCAUCACAGCAACCUACAGACCAUGUUCUCACAGCUGCUCGAGCGACAAGCUUAUUGCGACGUCACUUUAGCCUGCGAGGGCAAGACUCUGAGAGCGCACAAGGUAGUUCUAUCAGCGUGCAGCACGUACUUCGACACGAUCCUGUCUCAGUACGAAGAGAAGGAUCCCAUUGUCAUAAUGCGGGACGUGAAAUUCUCAGACAUCAAAGUGCUCGUCGAGUUCAUGUACAAGGGAGAGAUUAACAUUGAUCACACGAGAUUGUCGUCCCUGCUGAAAACCGCGGAGGAUUUGCAUAUCAAGGGCCUGGCCGAGGUGAGCUGGCGUAGCGAUUCCACGCAAAAUGAUCUAGGAAACAGCGGUCACAGUCCCGGCGCGGCGACUCCAGGUGUCGAGACGGUCCUCAGGGAAGGUGACGCCGACGAACCACCACCUCCGAAACAAAGACGCAGAGGGCGUCCACCUCUGGACGACCCACCCUCGGCUCACGACGUUUUCACACCGAAAAUCACAUGUAUCACCGGAAAUGUACGUCAAGAGGAAAUGAUGAGCGAGGGCGGUGACCACGAGAGUUGGGACGACGAAAUGAUGAUGAAUGAAAAUAACGAAACGCCACUGCCGGUGCUAUCGUACAUGUCGAAGGAUGACAACGCAUCCGACCAGGAAAAGAAAGCGCCUACCACUCCCUCGAAUUCCAACGCCACGAACCUAUCGAUCCCCGAGCAAUUCCGAGACGUCGUGAAGAUGAACGAUUACCUGACGACGGGACGCCGCCAAGAGUUCUGGGAGGAGCCGUUCACGCGACGCGUUAUGGAUGCCAUUAAGAGCAAAGAACUGGAAAUGAAGACUGCUGCCGAGAUACUUGGCGUGUCUUACGGAACCCUCUACGGCAGAUAUCGCGACAGUUAUGGUUGCCUUAAACAUCCGUAUAGAGUAAGGGACUUUUGGUCAGAACCUGGGCCAGCGGAAGUGUUAGCCAAACUACGAAGGAAAGAGAUCACGUUGUUCCGUGCAGCCGAGUUCCUUAACGUGACCGUCCACACGUUGGCAACCUAUUUGUCAACGCUACAGGGUCCAGACAGGAUUUCGCUGGCCGGUGACUUGAGCGUUGCGUCGGGUGCCAUCGACGGCAACAACGAGACUCCGGAGAACAACGAGUCGGUGAACGAUAUCCUGCAGAAGAUCAACGCGAACGCGGCCACGACAGCGACACCGACAACCUCGACUCCCAUCAAGAGAGAAGGAGGCGGCUACAUCGAGGUACCAACGCCCGUCCCAAAGCCAGCGACCUCGGUGCUCGAAAACAACCCGGAUAUCACGAUCGUGAAAACAGAAGGCAUGCCCCGCAAACGGGAGUACGCGAAAGUUUCGAACACGGAGAACAACAACGCGAAACUGAUGAGUGGCGGCGCUGUUAGCGAGGUGACGCAACAACAGCAACAACAACAACAGCAAAAGAUCACCGAUCCGUUGUCGUUGAACAACGACAACAGCAAACCCUAACUAUUCAGGCCUUAUCUGCAACCGGCGAAUCCCCGUGCACCGAGCGCUAACUACAGAUCCGAGCUGUGCCCUCGCAGAUUCUAUUCGAACGUGUUUACUCGCUUCCUCACGAAUUUUCAUUUGAAGUAGAAGAAAAUGAAGAUGAAGAAGAAGGUGAAACGCGUCGCGCUGUCCGUGUUAAUAAUUAUUUGUCGUCGUGACGUCGUCGUCGCAGCCUUGGCCCGUUCGUUGACGCUCCACGCACGCCAGCCCACGCCAGCAAAAAUGUAGCUUUAGACAAUCUCGCGUGUACGAUCGUCGUCGUGGCAUAGGUUGGAGUUGCGUCGACAGCAGGCGAAACUGUCGCGAGUAAACAGGAAACAAAAAAGAAAGAAAACGUUAUUAGCGAGAGUUAUAUCGAAGGAUAUAUUGAAUGCAGAGUCGACUUAUUUUCGACGAAGGAGCUUGCGAAGCGAAGGGCUUGUUGUGUUCGGUGGUCCUGCCUUUGGAUCCGGUUCGAUUCUAUCCCGUUGCACGGGAGCAACGCCUGCCGCAUAUAUUUUCCGAGUAAAACGAACAGAGUGCGUCGAAACUAGAGAACGAUUCCUUCUUAAGAGUUAGUACCUAGCGAUACGGUUCUUCGUUACUUCAAAAUUGGUUCGCUUUAAAUCCAAAGUCAGUAGCGAUUAUCGAGAUCGUGUUUGGCCUUCGUGAUAAGGAACAAACAAAAUGAGAAACAGAAAAACUAGGACUAAAAAGAAAGGGAAAAACACACAAAAAAGAAAGAAUGAAGAAAAGAGAUGAAUGAAAGAAAGAAAGAAAGAAAGAAAGAAAGAAACGUGUAAUAAAGUUCAAUCGAAGUUCCUUUUGAAUAACGAUGUAGGGUGUAUCGCGAAAAGAAUGCCUAGACUAUUUUCUGCCGCAUGUGUCUGUAUGGUAGCACGUAAAGAGCGACAAUAUUAUUCACCCGUAGACCCGUCAGUAUAGCGAUCCCAGAGUGACAGUUCUUCGAGAAUAGAUGUUUCUCGUGCGAUCGUCGUUUUAAACAAACAUUGCACGAGCGUAUAUUUCAGCGGUAUAUUGAAAAUACACUUUUGCAACGGGAGCCUUAAAUCGUUCGAGCGUUAGAAAUGUUUUACAGAUGCGAUUCGCCGAGAUUAUAAUUUGUAGCAUAUAUCAUUUUUUGUCGAAGCAUAUCGGCCAAUGACGAAUUUCGCACUUGUGUUUUCUGUUUCGAACGGUUUGAUUUGUACAUUUCAAGGCAUGCCUUUUCAAGGACGAUCUUCUGCUAAAGGAAUCCUCGUUAAAUAUAUAGAACGUUAGAAAAAUCGGGAUUCGAUCCGUUAAGGAGGAAACGGUACAAUUCUAUUUUCCUUGUUUCUUUCGCUCACUUUCUGUCUCUCCCUCUCCCUCUCUGUCUCUCUUUCUCUCUCUCUUUCUCUCUCUCUCUCUCUCUCUCUCUCUCUCUCUCUCUCUCUCUCUGACUCCCUUUCUUACUUUGUAUUUACGACAGAAUAUACAAUUUAUCGCAUCAUAUAUAUGAUAUAUAUGAUAUUUUUUUAGAAACCUCGUUUAAGUAUAUUAUCGUUUUCCUCCUUUUUUGUUUCCUUUUUUAAAUUUUUUAUUUUCUUUUUUUUUUAUGUAUAUAUAAAUUAAGUUGUUGACGUCUUAAAUGGCUUUUAUAUAAGCAAUGAUUGCUGAUCGAUAUCAAAUAUCACUUAAAAAGGAAAUACACGUAUAACGUCCAUUGUAAAUAUCGGUGCAAUAGUAAGACCUGAAAUUAAUAUUAUUUGCCACAAAGUGUGCGUUUAAUCGCUAUUUUAAAGGGAAGAAAAAGCAAAGCAGAAAUGGGGAAACAAAGAAGGGACAUGCUGUUUUUAGCGUCGUGCAAUCGCAUUCAAAUCCGUAUUGCUUUGCAAAAGCGGGGAUGAAAGAAACGAAUGGAAAUAAGAACGGGGAAGAUAAAAGAAAGAAAAAAGAAAAAGGUAUAUCGAUGCGACUAUUUUGGGCCGAUCGAUCGAUGAUGCCUUGUUGGUGCGCACCUACUUGCGAGAAACUUGCGAAAAGCUUGCGUUUAAACUCGUAACAAAAACAAAUUGUUCGUUGGCGUCGUGUCUACGCGUAACUAGACGCGAAAAAGAGCGAAGAAAACAAAGUUGCAUGUGCGCACGAUUUAAACUGUACUACAUGAGACGUUUCGACUGGGAAAAGAUAUGAGUAUUCCUGUCCGCUGAAGGCGACAAAAAACAAACAAACAAAAACACUAAGUAAGAAGUAAUAGUAUAGUAGAGGUAUUCUCGAUAUGAUAUUUUUCGACGAUAUAAGACUUAGUUGUGUUGAGAGGACUUAUGCAGAGAGGGUACUUGUAAAGUAAUCCAGAGGAAAAAAUGGUGUAAUUUGUGGAAAAAAAAGCCGGACGCACAGGAAGAACACACAGUGUCAUAGAGGAGGGUUAGCGACCAGGAGAGAAUUGAAACGAAAAAAAAAAAAAAACUGGUACUGUGAAAUGUGUACAUACAGAAGCGUAGGUUAAAUAGAGCGAUCGAAUGCGUGGAGACGUGAGCACGCAAAGAAUAUUAUAUAUAUAUAUAUCUCUUUUUCUCUAGAGGAAAUUCUAAAAUCGACUGACUAUUAAUGAUAAAGAUGAUGUUUAAACGAUUAACUGCUCCAUGAGCAUCGGAGAAAUAGCGUUAUACGUUCGACGAGGAUCACUAGUAUUUUCCGAAAUGAAAACAAGUUGUUUUACGUUUUCUGUUUUUUUUUCUCUUUUUCUUUUUUGUUUUUAGUAAAUAUAUAUAUAUAUAUAUUGUAUACAUAUAUAUAUAUAUAUACAUAUAUUGUAUUGUUUAACUCUGUUAGAAUCAAAAACAGAGGAUAAUCUUUCUGAUUACUUUACGAGUGCUCUAAACCGACCAUUUUACCACGUAUAAGUAUCAAUUUUAUACGAUAACUUUGCACCGUUCGAUAUUUUUAUUCGUAAACUAUGGGACACCGUCGAUGAUAUAGAUCUGUUCAUCCUCCCAUUCAUUAAUUUAACUCUCCUCGAAUUUCAUAUAUCUUUCUAAAUCUCUUUUCCAAUCCUCUCUAUCUCUUUCUUCCUCAUCCCCUCCCUUACUCUGUCGUUUAUCAUUAUUAUUAUUACUAUUAUUAUUAUUAUUAUUAUUAUUAUUAUUAUUAUUAUUAUUAUUAUUAUUAUUAUUAUUAUUAUUAUUAUUAUUAUUAUUAUUAUUAUCAUCAUCAUCAUCAUCUUCAUCAUCAUCAUCAUUAUUAUUAAUAUUAUUAUUAAUAUUAUUAUUAAUGUUAUUAUUAAUAUUAUUAUUAAUAUUAUUAUUAUUAUUAUUGUUACUAUUUCCUUUUUUAAGUAAAGUAAGACUAAGACAUACCAAAUGAGAAAUGUAAGGACAAGUUUUGUUAGGUUAGUACUAUCGCAUAUCAAGAACGCAAGAAUAUAUGCGCCUGAAGCACUUUGUAUUGCCUAUGCACGUCCCGGUGAAACAUAGCUGGGGUGCACAAGACCAUUUUUACUCUAGCAAGAGUAUACGACUAGAAGUAUUAAUAUUUAAUAUUAAUAAACAACGCGGAUUGUCCAGAAUGGAUGGUCAUGUUUUUGAGGAUCAACAUCGAGCCAUUUUGAACAAAAAGAAACAAACGAAUUUAAAAGGAAGUCAAGAAAGAUAAAAAAAAAACUCAUCAGACAAAGGAGUUCGAUGUUUCUAUUUCUUUUUUCUUUUUGUUUGUUUAAUUUUCUCAACCGAUCGUUGAUUUUUUUGUUUCGGUUUCAUUUUUGUUUUCUAUCGGCCAAUUGAUCCUUGGAAAAAUUACCUACUCUUUUUACCGUCCAUACGGACACCAAGUUUAACGUUAGUCUUUUUUUUUUCUUUUUUCUUUUUCGCAACGUCUCUUUUCUCUUUUAUUCUAAUCGAGAUGCGAUCAUGUUCUUUUUAAAAACGAAUCUUCUUCGCGAGAGUACAAAUUACAAUGGGACUUUUGUUAACCCUGUUGGUGCCAUGAAUGCUUUUGAAAAAAAAGGAAACGUUUCACGCGUUUUGUUCUGCCCGUCUUUGCAUCGCGUCUCUUAUCCUUCGUUUCUAGGCACCAAGACGGUUAACGAUUAUCUUCUUACGAUUAUUAUUAGACGAAAUCGUCGAUUCGUUUAAUAUAUAUAUAUAUAUAUUUUCUUUAUUAUCUUCUUUCGUUUAACGAAGAGAUCGCGCGUAUGCCAAAUCGUACGUCUCAAAGACUGAUGGCCAUUCAUUUGGAGGUUCUUGUAAUGGUAAUCUCACGCCGCGCGACCUUGUAAACCGUCGACAAGAUCGCCGGGGUACAUCGACAUUGUAUGAGAAGACAGGACAAGACUAGCCUAUUAUUGGCGAACGAUGCCCGAUCGCCGUGCGCAUCGUACAAUGAGACUAAAAAAAUUGAUAUCAUAAUUAUGUGUCGUUUGAUAUAAACGAGUAAUGAAUAUAGUAUGUAUCAUCGUUUUAUACACAACCUAAUUAUAUCUACGUACACUAUGUACAUUCCUAGUAUACACUAUGUCACUGUCACACACAUUUGCAUUACACGCGCAUUAACAAAAAGAAAAAAAAAACGCAUGGACCUAUUGUAUACGUGUACGCGCGUGUGCAUCCGCACGCACAAAGAGCGUGUACGCGUGCGUAUGCACGGACGCGCACGCAGAGACACAAUACACAUAUGAAUAUAUUUAUAAUAAUUAUAUAGCUAUUCCAAAACGGACCACCGCGACAUCGACGUACGAAGAUCAUUAAAAAAAAAAAAAAAAAUACAAAUACAAACGAGAUAGAAGAAAUGAAAGGAAAAUAAACAAAAAAGAAAAAAAAAGAAAGAAAACCGGGGGAAAAGAAGUAUAUGAGGAACUCUUAAUCGACGAUAUUUAAAUGCGUAUUAAAAUUAACGAUCGUCGGUUAAAAUUAACCAGCGUUACGUUUCGUUGUUAAGAGAACAGCAUCGCCGUUAUCAGUGUCUCAUGUAUAACAACGCAAUCGAGUCUCUGUCAAUUUUACAAAUACACACGAAAAUUCCCGAGUGUAUACGUGUAUACAAGGAGAAUAACGAAGAAGUAAAAAAAAAAAAAAAAAUGAAAAACAAAAUGUAAUAAAACACGCAUGUAUAGCAAAAGAGGUUGUUACACUUAAGCACAAUAGAGAAGACAAAGUAUAUGAGUAUAGUUUUACACGAAGGCUUCAUCGCCCGUUUAGUUUUAUACCUGAGACACGAAGAAAAGGCUGAAACGGUUAGACGAUAAAAACAGUUCGAAACCCCUCUGUUCUGCGUUCUCGUUCUUUCUCUCUCUGCUGUCCGUAAGAAUCGAAAAGUAAAAACAGAAAAAAAAAAGAUACAAAACGAAACGAAAUCAGAUUUUUGUUUUUCUCUUUUACCGAUGGCGAAUUAUCGUCAUAUGCCCGACCAUCGCGUACACAUACAACACGCGCGCGUUACGCGCAUGCGCAUUCGUAACGCAUCCGUUUCGUACAGAAAACUUCCUCUUCCACUGCCCAUUUGUCUCCUUUUUCUGUUUUCUCUUUCCUUAUCAAAGUUUACAUCAAUUUGGUUUAAUUUAAUUAGUACUGUGUAUACACAGAAAUAUUUUGAAAAUCAUCGGAGAAUGCGAUGACGGAUACCACCAAUCGAUCGAUGGAGCGAUAUCGCAUUCUCGUUUCCACGAAGUAUCAUUUCUCAUUAGCCAAAGUUUAGAAUUUGCGUUCGUUAUCUGUAAUUCUAUUUCUUGCGCGAACCACAGCUUGCUUUAUUCCUUCCUUUUUCUCUCCCUGUUCCUUUAUCGUUCUACCUAUCUCCUUUCCUCUUUUUUACAUUCAUACACAUGGACACAGGACAUAUAUGUUUGACAUAUUAUUAUAUUUACUAUUAUUUUAAUUAUAAUUUCCCAGGAGUAUAUAUUAUCUUUAAUAAUCGUGGUAAUUUUUAGACUAGAAAAACAUUAUAUUAGCGGAUAGAGAUUAAAGUAUACAUAAAAAAUAAAGUAAAUAUAUAUAUAUAAAUAUAUAUAUUAUAUAUAUAUAUAUAUUGAUAAAAAAUAUUGAGAUCGUAAUUAGAAAUUGGGUCGAGUGCAUACAAUGCUGAAAGACGAUAAUGGUAUUUACGCGUAAGGAUGUUAAAAGGUCGAGCAGAUGGAUUAAAAGCGGUCUUGGCUAAUGUUGGCCAAGCUGCUCGCAGAGAAUAUUCAAUGAUUGAACAAAAAAAAGUAAAUGUAAAUGUUUGUAAACAAAUUAUGAAACAUUAUUUGUUCAGUGCCUACAUAUUUACACAGUAACAAUAAAGAUGAAGAUUAGCGAA